UCUCGGGCGGCGCGCCCGCUCGCACCACGCCGCUGGUGCGCGCGCGGCACCGUAAGCCGCCCACGGGCGGUGCCCCGACUCACCACCCAACAAACCCCAUCAUGAGCCCCAUGGCCAUCACCGCCGUCCCCUCCUUUCCUCAUCGCUGCCUUUGCCGUCUACUCCUCCUUCAUGGCUGCCGCCGCCGCCGCUGCCACCGCAGCAACAGCCUCCUCCCUGAAGAGGGGCACUCCCUCGUCCGUUGCACUAGCCGCGUCCGCCGCCUCCGUUGCAGCAUCCCCUUCUCCAUCCUUUUCUCCGUCGCCGCCCCCCGACCCUGGCAGAUCGCCCUCCCCGUUUCCUCCCCCGCCCUCCGUUCCUUCUCCUCCACCCUCGUCCUUUGCUGCCGUCCCCUCUCGCCGCCUGGCUGCCCCCAUAUGGACCCAGGACGAAACCCUCUCCCUCAUCGACGCCUACCGCGAGAAGUGGUACGCCCUCCGCCGCGGCAACCUCCGGGCCAAUCACUGGCAAGAGGUCGCCGAAGACAUCUCCGGCCGCUGCUCCUCCGGGACCUCCUCGCCGAAGACGGCCGUUCAGUGCCGCCACAAGGUUGAGAAGCUCCGCAGGCGCUAUCGAAGCGAGCGUCACAAAUCCCUCCAUCUCGACCCCUCGCUCUUGCCAGCUUCCUCCUGGAUUUAUUUCCGCAAGAUGGAUGCCAUGGAACACGGAGGCAACGGAGGAGUCGGCGGACCUCGUCGUCCUUCUGCACCGCCUCCUUCCGCCGCCCCAUCCCUGCCUCCCUCUGACAACGAUGAUGACGACCAAGAGGAGGAGCGCGGCGGGCGCCUCAGCGGAAACAGCAGUACGCUUCACCGCCUCAUGGGCAACGGCGGCGGAACUAUUGGGGAGCUCCGGUUCAAGAUACCCAAGGCGGUGCGGUCAAAGGUCUACAGAACUGUGCAUAGACCGCCCCCCGGCCCUGACACGAAUCAUAACCCUACGCCCCGCAUCUUCAAGGGAUGCGGCGGCCGGCCGGCGACGGAGGGAAUGUGGCCGAAGGUGCAUAAGAAAAUCCGCCGCCACAGAAUGGAGUCAGAAUCGAGUGCAAUCAGAGAGAUGAUUUCAGCCGUAAGGAUGCUUGGGGAUGGAUUCCUGAGAAUAGAGCAGAUGAAGAUGGAGAUGGCACGGGAGAUAGAGAAGCUGAGAAUGGAAAUGGAAUUGGAACGCACUGAACUUAUACUUGAUACACACCGGCGCAUCGUCGACGCUCUUCUGAAAGGCGUCUCCGGCUAGAAGCGGGCUAAAGUCUCGCCGGAGGAUUGACAAGGUCCUAGCUUUCUUAGCUUCUGACUUCUUUUCUGUUUAACUUACAAUGUUUGACGUAGAAUCUGGUAGUGGUUGAAUGCUCUACUUUGACGUAAUGACUGGUAGUUUGCUAUUUGUUUGUUCUUCUUACUUCCUAGCUUUUGGCCAUGGAGCCAUGUGUAGUAGUUAGUUCUUUCUGGAAAUCGACUUAACAUAUGUUAUCUCCCAUUGUUGAUAUGAUAUCGUAAAUUAAGUUUUUGCUUUCUUGGUA